AUGGCGGCCGUGCGCGGGGCGUCCCUGCUUGGCUGCAUCCUGGCGCUGCUGGCGCUUUGUCCCGGGGGAUGCCCGCAGACGGUGCUGACUGACGAUGAGAUCGAGGAGUUCCUCGAGGGCUUCCUGUCGGAGCUGGAGCCCGAGACUGGAGAGGAGGACGUGGAACCCUCGCCGUCCCCUGAGCCCACCCCGCGUGUUGGCAAAGCCCAGGCGGGAGGGACGAAGUCGACGCGACCGGGGGCGGCAGGAGAGGCAUCUCCAGAAAAGGCUAAAGACAAAGGAAAGAAAGGGAAGAAGGACAAAGGUGCCAAGCCAACCAAGCUGCCCUCAGAUGGGUCCCCUAAGCCAUCCAAGAAGCCCAAGGAGAAGCUACCCAAGGCCACCAAGAAACCCAAGGAGAAGCCUCCCAAAGCCACCAAGAAGCCCAAGGAGAAGCCACCCAAGGCCACCAAGAAGCCCAAGGAGAAGCCACCCAAGGCCACCAAGAAGCCCAAGGAAAAGACACUCAAGGCCACCAAGAGGCCCAUAGCUGGGAAGAGUCCCCCAACCCCAACGCCCUCAGAGAUCCUGGAGUGGCCACUGACCCUGCCCCCCAGCCCUAGUCCCAGUGAGCUACCCCAGGAAGAGCUGGAAGAGGAGCUGCCCACGCUGGAUUAUAAUGACCAGAUAGAGCGGGAAGACUAUGAGGACUUUGAGUACAUCCGGCGCCAGAAGAAGCCCAGGCCCCCACCGAGCAGGAGGCGGCCCAAGAGGCCUGAGGACACGGUGGAAAAGCCUCCGCCACCCCAGCUGGUGGUUGAGGGCCUGGAAGAGGGGAUCGAGCAGCCUCUGGAACUCCCACAGCCCCCACCUAAUCCUGACUAUGGUGAUGGUUAUGUAAUUCCUAACUACGAUGACAUGGACUACUACUUCCGUCCUCCUCAGCCUCUGAAGCCAGAUGCUAAACUGGACACAGAUGAAGAGAAGGAGGCACUGAAGAAACCAAAAAAGGAGGGCAGCAGCCCCAUGGAGGAGACAGAUGACAAAUGGGCUGUGGAGAAGGGCAAGGACCACAAAGGGCCCCAAAAAGGCGAGGAAGAGGAAUGGGCUCCAAGGGAGAAAAUUAAAUGCCCCCCCAUUGGGAUGGAGUCGCACCGCAUUGAGGACAACCAGAUCCGUGCCUCCUCCAUGCUGCGGCACGGCCUGGGUGCGCAGCGUGGCCGGCUCAACAUGCAGGCAGGGCCCAAUGAAGAUGACUACUAUGAUGGGGCAUGGUGUGCCGAAGAUGAUGCACAGACACAGUGGAUCGAGGUGGACACCAGAAGGACCACCAAGAUCACUGGUGUCAUCACUCAAGGCCGUGAUUCCAGUAUCCAUGACGACUUUGUGACCACUUUCUUUGUGGGGUUCAGCAAUGACAGCCAGACGUGGACGAUGUACAGCAAUGGCUACGAGGAAAUGACUUUCCAUGGGAACGUGGAUAAGGACACACCAGUGUUGAGCGAGUUCCCAGAGCCAGUGGUGGCCCGCUUUAUCCGCAUCUACCCACUCACUUGGAAUGGCAGCCUCUGCAUGCGUUUGGAGGUGCUGGGCUGCCCCCUAGCCCCUGUCUACAGCUACUACGUGCAGAACGAGGUGGUGGCCACUGACAACUUGGACUUCCGCCACCACAGCUACAAGGACAUGCGCCAGCUGAUGAAGGUGGUGAAUGAGGAGUGCCCCACCAUCACCCGCACAUACAGCCUGGGCAAGAGCUCACGUGGCCUGAAAAUCUAUGCCAUGGAGAUCUCAGACAACCCUGGCGAGCAUGAGCUAGGGGAGCCAGAGUUCCGCUACACAGCGGGGAUCCAUGGCAAUGAGGUGCUGGGGCGAGAGCUGCUGCUACUGCUCAUGCAGUACAUGUGCCGCGAGUAUCGUGACGGGAACCCACGUGUGCGCAGUUUGGUGCAUGACACACGCAUCCACCUGGUACCCUCAUUGAACCCCGAUGGUUACGAGGUUGCUGCACAGAUGGGCUCAGAGUUUGGGAACUGGGCACUGGGGCUCUGGACUGAGGAGGGCUUCGACAUCUUUGAGGACUUCCCGGAUCUCAACUCUGUGCUUUGGGGUGCAGAGGAGAGGAAAUGGGUCCCCUACCGGGUCCCCAACAACAACCUGCCCAUUCCUGAGCGCUACCUCUCCCCAGAUGCCACGGUGUCCACAGAGGUCCGUGCCAUCAUUGCCUGGAUGGAGAAGAACCCCUUUGUGCUAGGGGCGAACCUGAAUGGUGGUGAGCGGCUUGUGUCAUACCCCUAUGACAUGGCCCGCACGCCAAGCCAGGAGCAGCUGCUGGCCGCAGCCAUGGCGGCUGCCCGGGGAGAGGAUGAGGAUGAGGCAUCUGAGGCCCAGGAGACCCCGGACCAUGCUAUCUUCCGCUGGCUGGCUAUCUCUUUUGCCUCUACUCACCUCACUAUGACUGAGCCCUACCAGGGAGGGUGCCAGGCCCAAGACUACACUAACGGCAGGGGCAUCAUCAAUGGAGCCAAGUGGAACCCCAGAUCGGGGACUAUCAAUGACUUUAGUUACCUGCACACCAACUGCCUGGAACUCUCCAUUUACCUGGGCUGCGACAAGUUCCCACAUGAAAGUGAGCUGCCCCAGGAGUGGGAGAACAACAAGGAAGCUCUACUCACCUUUAUGGAACAAGUUCACCGCGGCAUUAAAGGGGUGGUGACAGAUGAACAGGGCAUCCCUAUUGCCAAUGCCACCAUUUCCGUGAGUGGCAUCAAUCAUGGUGUGAAGACAGCACAUGGGGGCGAUUACUGGCGCAUCCUGAACCCAGGUGAGUACCGUGUGACAGCUCAUGUGGAGGGCUAUACUCCAAGCGCCAAGACCUGCAACGUGGACUAUGACAUCGGGGCAACCCAGUGCAACUUCAUCCUUUCACGCUCCAACUGGAAACGCAUCCGGGAGAUCAUGGCCAUGAAUGGGAACCGGCCCAUCCCCCGCAUCGACCCAUCCCGCCCCAUGACCCCCCAGCAAAGGCUGAUGCAGCGUCGCCGCCUACAGUACCGCCUGAGAAUGCGUGAGCAGAUGCGACUGCGUCGCCUCAAUGCCACAGUGAGCCCAGCCCCCUCUACCACCCUGCCCCCUGUCUCACCCUCCAGUUCUACUCUGGAGCCCUGGAGCCCCUUGUCUCCCACCACCGCUGGUUGGGAAGAGUUAGAAACCGAGACCUAUACAGAGGUGGUAACAGAACUUGGGACUGAGUUCACACUUGAGGAAGAGCUGGUCACCAGCCCAGAUGCCCCCUUCACAACGGCUGAGACCUACACUGUGAACUUUGGGGACUUCUGA